CCCAGCUCCUGCUGACACAGCUGCCCCCCUCCCUCCGGCAGACGCCUGACCCCGGCCUCUUCCCCCCACCCCUUCCGCAGCACCGAUGCCCCAUGGCACCGUCCUAGGACUCGCGGCAGAACCACCCUCGGGGCCUGAGCUGAGCCUCUUCGCGCCUCGCGGCGAGCUUGUUGCACUUGAAGAAGCAUGUCGAGGCGUCCUCUUGUUGCUGCUGCCAGCGCUUUUCUUGGGGCUGCCGCCGCCCGUUCCAGACCUCGCCGCAGCCAUCGACAGCGGAGCUACUAGCGCUCGGAGUUGUGCUGCUACUUGAACGGGCUGGUGGUGGUUUUCGCAGGUGUUGCUCCAGGUGGUACGGGCAAGGAGACCGCGCGAUGACGGUGGUACUGAUGCUGGAACGGACGGGGUGAAGGCGGGUCGGCUGCGCACGAGCAUCGUGGAGAAGGGUGUCGUGAGAGACAGUCCUCUUCUGCUAGCGAAAGCGAGGCUCAUGAUGGCCCUGCUUCUUCCUCCACGCAUGAGCGGGUACGGAGAGCGUCGGUCUGUGUGCGUGCAAGCAUG